AUGACAGAUGAGUCUUCAAAAAUCUUGAUUUUCAGAGCCCCUAAUGUCAUGAUCGUUAUUCAAAGACUGGAGUAUAUCAAGACCUUUUUGUCAAUAACAACAUUUAAUGCAACAUUGACUUUACAGCCUGUACAUUCGGAUGAUUAUCAACGUCGCAUUCUGACGCCGACUCGAAACGAAGGACUAUUAUUGUCUACGCAAUUUCGAUCAACUGGACCGCAU